UCAACUCAUACCUCUCCGUCUCCUGUUCAUGGCCAACUGUUACCUACUCAUACCCAUAUAUAUUUCAAUAUAAAUGAAGAUGGGUGAUGAAACAGCAGAAUGGAACAGAAACAGAUGCUAUCAAGCACUUACUAUAACUAAAGACCAGGCUUUCUCUGAGAGAGAGAGUGAGAGAGAGAGAGAUUUAAUGAUGGUAGAGAGGAGAAGAGUUUUGGUAGUGAUGGUGGGUUGGCUUGGGUGCAAUCAGUGGCAGUUGAGGAGGUACCGAGAGUGGUAUGAGAGCAGGGGCGUUGGCGAAAUCCUCACAUUCCCGAUCGCACUGCACCAAUUCUUAGGGUGGGUGCUCGGCACUUCCUCGAAUCUCAGUACUCGAUUGGAUUGCAUCAGGCAUGCCCUACAACAUCGACUCGACACUCAUGAGCACACCUGCAUCAUCUUCCAUCUCUUCUGUCUAGGCUCCCUCAUGUAUGGUCAGAUAGUUCAAGGACUGUCUGAGAAACAAAGGGUUAGGAUCAAAGGCUGUGUGAUUGACUCUGGACCCAUAACUUCAUUGGAUACAAAGGUUGCAGCCAGGGGAAUCACUGGUGCAGUUUUCUUCAAGGGUGAGAGUUUGUCAGAUGAGUCCAUUGGGGGGAUGGAAGUGCCCUUUGAAGCCUUCUUGGAGAAAAUCAUGGCGGUUUUCCUGGAUGUAUUCCAGCUUCGAAGAAAGAUAGAGGCAGCUAUGGAGAAUCUGAAACAAAUAGAAUUGAAAUGCCCGUUGCUCUAUCUCUACAGCUCAGCUGACAGAGUUGUAAGCAAAGACACUGUGGAGAGCGCCAUUGAAGAGGAGAUAAGGAAAGGGCGAAUUGUGAGGCACUGUGAUUUUAAAUACACUCGACAUUUGGGUCACUUUUUAGGCCGUCCCGGAUUAUAUAGUGCUCACCUGGAGAGCUUUCUCGCAGAGAGUCUCUCAAAGACUGCAAACGAUCAUGGAGAUAUUCUUUUCCAAUGUCAUCAAAAACGAAUUUGUAAUUAAUUUCUGAUAAUUACUCUUUUUAUUGUGAA